UUGGUCAAUUUGUAGAUUAAACUAUUGAGAAUCAGUCAGAGAAAUACUUUCCAGCGAUUCGGUACACAAAGAAAGUUUAACCAAAAAAUACAAAUCAAAUACCUAUGUGGAGACUUGUUCGGCAAUUCGGUUUGGAUUUUGUUAAUAUGAACAUAGACAAACGCAUCACAGAAAAUCCCAUACUGGCCAGUCCCCUAUUUAUGAUUGCGAUUUUCACAUUAUACAUUUUGAUUGUACGUAAAUGGGGUCCCAAGUACAUGGAAGAUCGUAAACCAUUUAAAGUGGAUGAUUUAAUGAAGCUCUAUAAUGUUGUGCAAAUUCUUUUGAAUGCUUUUAUCUUCUAUGAAGCCCUCCGUUAUAGCUAUUGGAGAUCAGAUUUUAGUUUUACCUGUGAAGGUUUCAAUCCGAACGAUAUGAGAAUGCCGACGUUAAAGGGAACCCGUCCCGCAUACUUGUAUCAUGUGAGCAAAUAUUUGGAUCUAUUAGAUACGAUUUUCUUUUUGCUGCGCAAAAAAUUCAAUCAAAUUAGUUUUCUGCAUGUUUAUCAUCAUGCCUUAAUGUUGGCUGGAACAUAUCUGUAUGUUUCGAAAUCUUUUGGAUCACAUUUAACUAUGAUUGGAGUAAUUAACUCAUUCAUCCACAUUGUUAUGUACACCUACUACCUGGCGGCUGCCAUGAAACUUAACUUCGAUUUGGCGCCAUGGAAAAAACGCCUGACCAUAAUGCAAAUAGUGCAAUUCAUUAUCUUGAUAUUUCAUCAGAGUCUGCCGUUGAUAAACAAUUCAUGCAAUCUGGCAACACCAAUUGUUGUGUUAUCCGUUAGUCAAAGUGUAGUUAUGUUGAUGUUGUUUUCGAAUUUCUACUAUCAGACAUAUAUACGUCCAGCCAAAAAGAUAAAAUCAAACUAAUUUAAGGGUCUACUGUAAUGUAUUGUAUGCAAGAGUGUUAAUAUUAGAAAUAAUGAAUAAACAGUUAAAUGAAAUAAAUGUUAUUAAGUGGAUA